UAUUUUUUCCUGCAAUGAGAUAAUACGUGUAAAAUACACAAUUCUAGAGAGAGAAAGCAUCAGCACUUUUAGCCUUUAGCUUCAGACACCAGAAUAUGAAUGUACAAACAAAGAAUCAAUUCAUCCAAAGCUGGAGUAAGAGCUGCUACAGAAAUACAACAGAGAGAGCUUCAUGUCUUGGGGGACUGAACUCAACACCUCCACUCGCCCCCACACUCCGUGUUAACAACUGCCUUAAAAUGGUUGCCGAACAUCAAAAAUCCCAGGAGGAGAGUGGCAGGGACGAUUGAGACGAGAGAGUGAAAGAGGAUUUAGGAAAGUGUGGGAGUGUUGGGAAACUAAAAUCCCAACUCAGAACGCAACAAUGAAAAGUCUGAUAAGCUUUUCUUGUUUUUUUAACUAUGAAUAUAAGGGAGCCGUACUGAUACGCUAUCCUCUUCUCUAGGAUCACAACAAGAUUUUUCUCUUCCUUCCUUUCAUCUCCAACGUCACACUUACCCAUUACAAAAAACCCCGCUCUCUCUUUUUUAGCCCUCAGCAAACUAACAUUAAUCACUGAAAUGCAAAGCUUCAAACAUUUUCCUCUCCCUGAAAUGUACUGCCACUCUUCCUUUUUUCUCCGAGGAGAAGAUGGUAGCCGAAACCAGACGCGUUUUGCGGAUCUUGGUGAGCUUGAACAACCAGCUCCUGCUUUUCAUCACGAUGAUGCUGUUGAUUUAAGCCCAAGCUCCAUGUUCAGUUUAAAAUCGGGCAAUGUCGCUGUUUUGUCCAGUAACUUGCAAUACGAUGCUGUCCUGAACACGAGCAUUGGGUCUGCAGAGAUAGCGACGACAGGAACAGGGUGUUUGGACACAGGGCAAUAUAUGUACCACAAGGGGACAACGAUAGCUUCUUCGUUAGGAAACGCGCAUUGUAUUGAGAAUUGGGGAGACUCAGGGAUGGCAGAUAACAGCCAACAGACUGACACUUCAACAGAUGUUGAUACUGAUGAUAGAAACCAGCUUCACGGAGUCCAGCAUGGUACUGUUAUGGUUGUGGAUUCCAUGGAAAAAUCCAAGGCAAAAGCUGGUGAUCAAAAGACUCUCCGAAGGCUGGCUCAGAAUCGUGAGGCUGCAAGGAAGAGUCGACUUCGGAAGAAAGCUUAUGUCCAGCAACUUGAGAGUAGUCGACACAGGCUUGCACAAUUAGAGCAAGAGCUUCAACGAGCUCGGCAGCAGGGAAUUUUUGUUGCCUCUGGACUUUCAGGAGAUCAUGGGGCUGGCAAUGGGGCUGUAGCAUUUAACAUGGACUAUGCACGUUGGCUUGAGGAACAUCAACGAUUGAUCAGUGAUCUAAGAUCAGCUGUCAAUUCUCAUAUGGGUGAUAAUGAAUUACACGUCCUUGUUGAUGCUGUAAUGUCACAUUAUGAUGAAAUAUUCCGGUUAAAGAGCAUUGGCACAAAGGCCGAUGUGUUUCACAUGCUUUCAGGCAUGUGGAAGACACCUGCUGAGAGAUGUUUCAUGUGGUUGGGUGGAUUCAGAUCUUCCGAGCUUCUCAAGAUACUCGGGAACCACCUCGAACCCUUGACAGAUCAACAAUUAAUGGGCAUAUGCAAUCUGCAGCAGUCCUCCCAACAAGCUGAAGAUGCAUUAUCUCAAGGAAUGGAGGCUCUGCAACAAUCACUUGUAGAAACAGUUUCAUCUACCUCUCUGGGCCCUGCUGGUUCUGGAAAAGUUGCUGAUUACAUGGGACAAAUGGCAAUUGCAAUGGGCAAGCUUGCAACACUAGAGAACUUCAUUCACCAAGCUGAUCUUUUAAGGCAGCAAACUCUGCAACAAAUGAAUAGAAUUUUGACAACACGUCAGGCUGCUCGAGCCCUUCUUGUUAUCAGUGAUUACACUUCGAGACUCCGGGCACUCAGCUCUUUAUGGCUGGCACGCCCUAGAGAUUGACAAGCUAAUUGCCACCGGUUUGUUAAAGAUUAAGCUAUUUAAUCUCCGAAAGUACGGAGAAAGCAUUCAAGAUCCGGGAGAUGAGUUUGAUUUAUUAGAACUCUUCUCAGAUUGCCCCAUUUUACUUCUAAUUUGCCAGUUGUCAAAGGUGAAAUUUGGCAUCUGAUAGAAAUGAGAAAUGACUGCUUUGAGGAGUACUAUGCUAAGCAGCAGCUUGAGGAUAGUUGGGGAUAGUAAUCUUUACACAUGUAAUUAAUCAAAGGCAUCUCAUGUCCUAGCAGUAGCUAUAUAUCUGACGUGUUACAGUCUAUUAUCAGGGACCAAGCUAUUGGCUGUUCUCAAAAUCUGGAGUUCUGUUAUGACAAGGCAUCAUUGUUAAAGCAUUUCUGUUAAUGUGCAAAUGUCCCUGAAGUACAUUUAUCUCCAUUGCCGUUUUAUUAUUUACAAGUCUUUCUUGCGAUGUAGUGCAAGAGUAAUUUGAAACAGUUGCAUCAGAUGUAUAACUCUGAGCAUAUUUACAUAUUCUCAAGGUUUCUGUCU